AUGUCAACAGAAGCGUCCACAUCGUAUGAUUUUAAGAGUGACACGAAUUCGACUUAUUCGCCAGCACCGGAGCCCUUAUUUACCCAUUUAUAUGCUAACAAUGAUGAAAUGCAACCGGGUACAAUCUCCCGCACUGCUGAUAAAAAAUAUGUAUAUGCUCCACGACUACCUAUCUGGCUUAUAGGUACUAUUAAUACAAUCAUAUACAUCUUCACGACUUGUUGUGCAUUACUACCAGUGCCUGCAAUUGUAAUCAGUGCUAUUUAUCUUCACCAGUGUCCCGUUGAGAGGAUGAUACCCAUUUUUCAAUUGGUUCACUAUUCUUUGUCCGGCUUUUUCUAUGUUGGCACAAUGCUUCAGAACAAAUUGGCUGCUUGCAAGGAAGACCACUUUUUCGGAUGGGGAGAAAAAGUGGUGUUCAUUUGUAAAUGCUCCUGGAUAGCUGUUCUCGUUAGUUGUGGAUGCUGUCUUCCUUGUUUUAUGAUAGUGUGGUUCAUUCUAGGAAAUUAUUGGAUUUUUCAUGUCAAAGUUCGAGUGAAUCUUCAUGAUCCAAAUUCAGCUGAUUACUGUCACGCUACAUUGUAUCAAACGGCCUUUUGGUUCCUGAUUGUUAACUACAUUGCAGUACCAAUUAAUAUAUGCAUUAAUUGUUUCGAUCUCUUUUGCAUGAAACCCGUUCUAAAACAAGUUAAACAGGAGCGAAAUAUACAAAUGUCAGUCAAUAUUGCAACAAUUCACCAAACUAUUCCAAACGAUAAUGCUAUUUCUCAAAUAUGA